CCUAACGGAAGUCAGCGAGAAACAUAUAUUUUUGGAUUCGUGCGUGUGUUCCAAAAUACUGUCUGACAGUGUUCGAAAUAGUUACUGACGAGAGCCGGCACCGCCGAAGAGUGUCUUCAAUAUGGCUCAAAUUAUAACUUCGGAUUCAAAAGCUACCCUCCGUGAAGUGCGAGAGGUGCAGUUUGGAAUUCUCGAUCCCGACGAGAUCCGCCGCAUGUCAGUGACCGAAGGCGGGAUUCGAUAUGCUGAGAUAUACGAAGGCAACAGACCCAAACUCGGGGGUCUCAUGGACCCUCGGCAAGGAGUCAUCGACAGAACUUCUCGAUGCCUGACUUGUUCGGGAAACAUGACAGAAUGUCCAGGUCACUUCGGUCAUCUGGAACUCGCGAAGCCAGUCUUCCACGUUGGGUUCUUGACGAAAACCCUGAAAGUGCUGAGAUGCGUGUGCUAUUACUGCAGUCGACUACUCGUCAGUCCGAACCAUCCUCGGAUGCGCGAGAUUCUCACGAAGACCAGAACCAUGCAGAGACAGCGGCUGGACAAGGUCUACGAAGUCUGCAAGGCGAAACGCAUGUGCGAAGAGAGCGACACGAGCGAUAAGGGUCAAGGCGAGCCGACCGAAGAGGAAAAAAAGACCAUGCACGUCGGUUGCGGCAGAUUCCAACCCAACUAUCGUCGUUCCGGUCUCGACAUCAGCGCUGAGUGGAAACAUACCAACGAAGACAAUCAGGAGAAGAAACAAGUACUUACCGCGGAGAGAGUUUACGAGAUCUUCAAACACAUUUCCGAAGAGGAAUGUUUCUGUCUCGGCAUGGACGAACGCUACGCCAAACCCGACUGGAUGGUCCUAACGGUCUUGGCGGUGCCACCUUUGUGCGUCCGGCCGGCUGUUGUCAUGUUCGGCUCGGCCCGAAACCAGGACGAUCUCACGCACAAACUCUCCGAUAUUGUGAAAGCCAACAACGAAAUCAUUCGGAACGAGCAGAGCGGUGCAGCGCCUCACAUCUUGACCGAAAAUGUCAAGAUGCUCCAAUUCCACGUGGCCACUCUCUACGACAACGAGUUACCGGGCCUGCCUCGGGCGAUGCAAAAAUCCGGCAGACCCCUCAAGUCUCUCAAGCAACGUCUGAAAGCCAAGGAAGGCCGUAUCAGAGGUAACCUCAUGGGGAAACGUGUCGACUUCUCAGCUCGUACCGUCAUCACUCCGGAUCCAAACCUCAAAAUCGACGAGGUCGGUGUACCGAGGAGCAUCGCUCAAAAUCUGACGUUCCCCGAAAUCGUGACCCCGUUCAACAUCGAAUGGAUGCAGGAGCUCGUGUCUCGAGGGAACAAUCAGUAUCCUGGGGCGAAAUACAUCGUUCGAGACAACGGCGAGCGUAUCGAUCUGAGGUUUCACCCGAAAGCUUCAGAUUUGCAUUUGCAGUGCGGGUAUAAAGUCGAGCGUCACGUGCAGAAUGGCGACAUAAUUGUUUUCAACCGUCAGCCCACCUUGCACAAAAUGAGUAUGAUGGGUCACAAGAUCCGAGUGCUCCCCUGGUCGACUUUCAGAAUGAACUUAUCCGUCACAACUCCGUACAACGCCGAUUUCGACGGCGACGAGAUGAACAUGCACGUUCCCCAGUCUCUUGAGACCCGUGCCGAGAUCGAACAACUUGCCAUGGUGCCCCGGCAGAUCAUCACGCCGCAAGCCAACAAGCCCGUCAUGGGUAUCGUGCAGGACACGCUCACGGCCGUUCGGAAGAUGACAAAACGCGACGUGUAUCUGGAGAAAGACCAGAUGAUGAAUCUGCUCAUGUUUCUCCCCAUAUGGAAUGGGAAAGUUCCCAUACCGGCCAUCCUCAAACCGAAACCCUUGUGGACAGCGAAACAGCUCUUCUCGCUAAUCAUUCCCGGUAACGUCAACCUCAUCCGGACUCAUUCAACGCACCCGGACGAGGAAGACGAUGGACCCUAUAAGUGGAUAUCUCCCGGAGACACAAAGGUCAUCAUCGAGCACGGUCAGCUGUUGUCCGGCAUAGUUUGUAAAAAAACUGUCGGAGCCUCGGCGGGCUCGCUCAUGCACGUCCUCUUCGUGGAGAUGGGUCACAGAGUCGCAGGUGCUUUCUAUUCCCAUCUGCAAACAGUUGUGAACGCUUGGCUGUUAUAUGAAGGACACUCGAUCGGUAUUGGGGACACCAUCGCCGACCAGCAGACCUACAUGGACAUCCAGAACACGAUUAAGAAAGCCAAACAGGACGUGAUAGAAGUCAUAGAGAAAGCUCACAACGACGAACUUGAGCCAACGCCCGGAAACACGCUUCGGCAGACGUUCGAAAACCAGGUGAAUCGAAUCCUGAACGACGCUCGAGACAAAACAGGAGGUUCUGCCCAAAAGUCCCUGUCCGAAUUCAACAAUUUCAAGUCCAUGGUGGUGUCAGGAGCCAAGGGAUCAAAGAUCAACAUCUCCCAAGUUAUUGCUUGCGUGGGCCAGCAGAACGUUGAAGGGAAACGUAUCCCCUUCGGUUUCCGUAAGAGGACGCUGCCCCAUUUCAUCAAAGACGAUUUCGGACCAGAAUCAAGAGGUUUCGUCGAGAACUCCUACCUCGCCGGUCUCACUCCGUCCGAAUUCUUCUUCCACGCUAUGGGAGGACGUGAAGGUCUCAUCGAUACCGCCGUGAAGACAGCUGAGACCGGUUAUAUCCAACGUCGUUUGAUCAAAGCCAUGGAGUCGGUAAUGAUCUGUUACGACGGAACAGUUCGGAACUCCAAUGGUCAGGUUAUCCAGUUCCGAUACGGAGAGGAUGGCCUCGACGGCUGUUGCGUGGAGUCGCAAUAUCUCACUACAAUAAAACCCUCGAACCGGCAAUUCGAACAGAAAUUCCGAUUCGAUGUCACGAAUGAAAAGCUUCUGCGGAAGGUGUACACCGAAGACGUCAUCAAAGAGCUCAACAGUUCAGCGUCGGCCGUGGCUGAAAUGGAGCGCGAAUGGGAUUGCUUGAAGAAGGAUCGCGAGAUCCUCCGAAAUGUUUUCCCGACCGGAAGCAGCAGCGUCGUUCUCCCGUGCAAUUUGAGCCGUAUGGUUUGGAAUGCCCAAAAAACCUUCCGAGUGAACUCCCGAGGAAAGAGUGACCUCAGUCCCCUACGGGUCAUCGAAGGUGUCGAGAGCCUUGUGAAAAAGUUGAUAAUUGUGCCCGGUGAAGAUCAUCUCUCGAUUCAGGCGAACGAAAACGCCACCUUGUUGUUCAGAGCUCUGCUGCGGUCGACUCUCUGCUCCCGAAGAGUGGGUCAGGAGUUCCGGUUGUCGACGGAAGCGUUCGACUGGCUCCUCGGUGAAAUCGAGGCCAGAUUCCAUCAGUCUCAGGGUCACCCAGGAGAAAUGGUUGGGGCGCUAGCCGCUCAGUCUCUCGGAGAACCAGCCACCCAGAUGACACUGAACACUUUCCAUUACGCCGGAGUGUCCGCUAAAAACGUGACGCUCGGUGUACCGCGUCUCAAGGAAAUCAUCAACAUAUCCAAGCAGCCGAAAACCCCGUCCCUGACGGUGUUCCUCAAGGGCGCAUCAGCCCGAGACGCUGAGAAGGCCAAGGACGUCCUGUGUCGACUCGAGCACACGACGCUCCGGAAAGUCACGGCCAACACCGCAAUCUACUACGAUCCGGAUCCUCAGAACACGGUCAUCGCCGAGGAUCAGGAUUUCGUGAACGUCUAUUACGAAAUGCCUGAUUUCGAUCCGACGAAAAUUUCCCCGUGGCUCUUGCGCAUCGAGUUGGAUCGCAAGCGAAUGACGGACAAGAAACUCACCAUGGAGCAGAUCGCUGAGAAGAUCAACGCCGGAUUCGGUGACGAUCUCAACUGCAUCUUCAACGACGACAACGCCGACAAACUCGUGCUCCGGAUAAGGAUCAUGAACAACGACGGCGACAAGUUCACCGACGGCGCCGAGGAACAGGCCGACAAAAUGGAGGACGACGUCUUCCUCCGGUGCAUCGAGAGCAACAUGCUCUCGGACAUGACGUUGCAGGGUAUCGAAGCGAUCUCCAAAGUGUACAUGCAUUUACCAACGACCGACGACAAGAAACGAAUCGUUGUCACCGAAACCGGAGAGUUCAAAGCGAUUUCCGAAUGGCUGCUUGAAACCGACGGUACCUCGCUGAUGCGGGUUCUAUCCGAGAGGGACGUCGAUCCAGUGAGAACGUACUCGAACGACAUCAUCGAAGUGUUCUCCGUGCUCGGCAUCGAAGCCGUUCGAAAAGCUGUCGAAAAAGAAAUGAAUCACGUCAUCUCGUUCGACGGUUCCUACGUUAACUACAGGCAUCUGGCUCUUCUUUGCGACGUCAUGACCGCCAAAGGCCACUUGAUGGCCAUCACACGUCACGGCAUCAAUCGACAGGACACGGGAGCUCUGAUGAGAUGCUCCUUCGAGGAGACUGUCGAUAUUCUAAUGGACGCUGCAUUCCACGCAGAGGCUGACAAGCUCAAAGGCGUGUCCGAGAACAUCAUUCUGGGAAAACUCGCGCGCAUGGGAACCGGAGCGUUCGAUCUCAUGCUCGACGCGGAAAAGUGCAAACACGGUAUCGAAGUGAGCAUGGCAAUCCCCGGAAUGGAGGGCUUGCCCGGGCAAGGGGUUUUCUUCGGCUCUGCCGCCACCCCCAUGGGGGGCAUGAGUCCUCAGAUGACCCCGUGGAACGCGGGUCAGACACCUGCGUACGGUAUGUGGUCCCCGACCUCGAACAUGACCCCCGGGGCCGCGGGAUUCUCGCCGUCGGCGCAAAGCGAAGUCGGCUUCUCCCCCGCGUAUUCGCCGGCGUAUUCGCCGGCGCAGAGCCCGGGCUCGCCGAGCAGUCCCGCGUACUAUUCGCCGCUGCAUGUUGGCGGAUCUUCACCGUCGUACAGUCCGCAGAUCACGUCGCCGUCGUACUCGCCGUCGUCGCCUUCGUACAAUCUGGCGUCGCCGUCUUACAGUCCGACCAGUCCACAGUACAGCAGUGGGUCGUCGCCGACCACCCCGAGCUAUUCUCCUUCGAGUCCGUCGUAUUCCCCAUCUUCGCCGACGUAUUCCCCGUCGUCACCAUCGUACAGUCCAUCGUCGCCGCAGUACGGAACCGCUAGUCCUUCGUAUUCGCCGACGUCACCGUCGUACUCGCCGUCGAGUCCUUCUUACUCCCCGUCGAGUCCCUCGUACUCGCCGUCGUCCCCGUCUUACUCGCCGACGUCGCCGUCGUAUUCUCCCAGCUCGCCAACCUAUUCGCCGACGUCUCCUUCUUAUUCCCCGUCCUCGCCGAAAUAUAGUCCGACGUCGCCCACUUACUCUCCAGCGUCACCAAAGUAUUCUCCGUCGAGUUCGUCGUACUCGCCCUCGUCCCCUUCGUAUUCGCCAACGACGUCGCAUCAUUUCUCCCCGUCGCCGUCGUACAGUCCCUCGUCGCCAACUUAUUCGCCGUCCUCUCCGAACAUCUCCACAUCGCCUUCUUACAGUCCUUCGUCGCCGAAGUACUCCCCGUCCUCUCCAACGUAUUCCCCGUCGUCGGCGUCGUACUCACCGUCGUCGCCCACGUACUCUCCGAGCUCUCCAACGCAUCAGGGUGCGCACUAUUCUCCUGGUUCGCCAACUUAUACACCGUCGUCGCCGGCAUAUUCACCGUCGCGGAGCGAAGACACGGAUCAGGACUGGACCGCCGUCGAUCAGCAGAAAAUGUCACGCUAUGAAAGCUGGCAGGACGUACUCGACGAUACUUGCGAGCGGCUCCAAGACAAUGGCUCGCUCCAGAAAGGCUUCAAACAGCUCUCAUCGAACACCGACCGGAUCCUCUUCUGCCUUCAGGAAACUCUCACUCAGACCCGAAUCGACGAGUGGCUCCAAGUUCUAUGCUCGUCACGCCACAAGAAGUUCUGGGAGAAAGCGUUCGAGCUCCGGUCGGCGGGAAACCUCUCUUUCGGAGCCAAGAAGUACCGCGAAGCGGCUGAAUUCUACACGCGGAGUAUUCUUUUCGCCCCGUUUCCGGAUCAGUGCACGAGUGGACCGAACCAGGGACAUGCCGAAGAGUUGGCGUUGAGCCUGGCGAAUCGAUCGGCGGCGUGGUUCUAUUUGAACAAAUACUCUCUUGCGCUGACCGACAUCGCGCAAGCUCUAAACAACGACUAUCCGAGCCAUUCUCGGUACAAGUUGCAUCUUCGACAGGGACAGUGUCUUCUGAAACUUGGGAAAUUCGAUGAGGCGGCGGUCGCUCUGACCGAUGCGGAAAUGUCCCUUGAGCUGUCUCCUGGGCUGGACGAAGAGAAGCUGUCGAAACAAAUCCGAGAUAUCGAAAUGCUACAGAACAAAUGCUCGGCCAAGAUUCCGGUGGAGAGUAGUCCGGAAACGGACGACGAGCCUGAAGAAGACGAAAUCGUUCAGCCGUCCCCUCACAGCAGCAUUCCGAACGCUUCGUCGGCGCUCGAUUGUCUCUACUCCACGGAGAAAGGUCGCUUCAUCGUCGCGAAUAGAGACGUCCGCCCAGGUGAUAAUCUGUUUGUCGAAAGCCCGUACGCGUCGGUGCUACUUCCGGCUUUCACUAAAACUCACUGUCAUCACUGCUACCGACGGAUCAAAGCAGCGUUCCCCUGCCGGCAGUGCGCGCAAGUGCGCUACUGCUCGAUGAGCUGCUCCGGAGAGAGUUGGAACCUCUACCAUUCGCAAGAAUGCGGCAACCUGGACCUUCUGAUCUCGGUCGGAAUCGCUCACUUGGCCGAACGGGUGAUCCUCGUAACGGGACUGGGAUUGAUAAAAGAUUUCAUGAAGUCAUGCAAUACGCUCGAGUGCAGCUAUUUACCGGUGUAUCAGUUGGUCACGCAUGAAGAGGACAUGCACAUCGCGGAUCUCUUCCAGUACUCGUUCACGGCAACGCUCCUGCUGAAAUACCUCGAAAGGCAGACCACGUUCUUCACUGAGAGCCACCUGUCGGAAAGGUUCCAGGACCUGAAUUUACGACAUGCGGAACGAGCUCAACCGAAAGGUCAAAUUAGGAUCGAAUGCAGUCGUCCUUUGAAGUUGUUCGUCGGAGGACUUCUCUUGAGACACAUACAGCAGCUCAUUUGCAAUGCGCACGCGAUUACGACGAUACAGCAGCCAGGCGAUCACGUCAUCGAAGAAGACGGGAUUAUUUUGGAACAGGAACAGGUGCGAGUGGCGACAGCUAUUUAUCCUUCGGCGAGUUUGAUGAACCAUUCCUGCAAUCCCAACAUCAUCUCGGGCUUCCGCUCCGGAUCCACUCUGGUGGUCAAGUCCGUGAGACCAAUCGCGUCCGGAGAGGAAGUUUUCAACUGCUACGGCCCGCACUUCCGACGUAUGACGUUCCAGGAGCGGCAGACCGCUCUCCAAGAACAGUACUUUUUCCGGUGUGAUUGUACGGCGUGUCAGAAGGGAGACUUGGAUGAUCAAAUCUCCAUGGCGUUACGUUGCGAGUACUGCGAGGGUCCGCUUUCGGCGGUGCAGUCCUCGGGCAAAGCCGACUGUCUGCAGUGCAGCACAACGCAGGAUUGUCUCGAGAAGGAGCAGAAAGUCUUCCGCAUGCACGACCUCUUCGUGCAAGGUCUGCAACUUGCUGAAAUGGAUAGCCAUGGCGAAGCCCUGGAACGACUCCAGAAGUGUCUGGCCAGUCAGGAGAAACUGCUCUACCGGCACAACAAGCAGCUGAUGAUAACUCGUGAUAUGGUAGCGAAGAGUCUCUGCGCUCUCGGUCGUUUUAGAGAUGCCGUCGGAGUUUUGAAAUCGGCCGUGGAAAGUGUCCGACACAUGUACGGCAAGAACAGCAUCGAACUCGGAAAUGAAUUGCUCAAGUUUGGAGACGUGUUGAUGAAUGCCACGGAGGAAUCUUUCGCCAAAUCUGGAUACUCACGAGAGCUCGGCACAUUGAUUGGAGAUACGAAGCGCGUCCUUCUGCAGACGGAACCUAUUUUCCUCCUGCACUACGGCAAAAGUCAUCCGGCGAUCGCAGAACUCGGAAAAAAAGAAAAACUCGACUCCUUUAUACAACGACUGAGCAAGCUCAGAUCGAGCCCUGGUAAUUGA